AUGGCAAUUAAAGUUCGUGCUGCCUUGUUCUCAAUAAUUUAUAACAAGUGUCUCAAGCUUUCAAGCCAAUCAAAACAGGACCAUACUAGUGGGGAGAAUAUUAAUUUGAUGAGUGUUGAUGUAGAAAGGAUUGGCUUUUUUAGUUGGUACUUGCAUAAUAUAUGGAGGGUGCCUCUUGAGAUUAUUCUAGCAUUGUUGAUCUUAUACAAAAACCUUGGGCUUGCUUCACUUGUAGCUGUUGUUGCCACAAUGAUUUUGAUGUUAUCAAAUGUUCCACUAGAAAAACUACAGGAAAAAUUUCAAGGGGAAUUGAUGGAUUCAAAAGAUCGAAGGAUGAAGGUGACAUCUGAGGCUCUACGGAAUAUGAGGGUUCUCAAACUCCAGGGUUGGGAUAUGAAGUUCUUGGCUAAGAUAAUUGAGCUUAGAAACUCUGAAACAAGAUGGUUAAAAAAGUUACUUUAUUUAUUGGCUACUAAUUCCUUUGUCUACUCUUCUGCUCCCAUGUUUGUAUCUAUGGCUACUUUCGGGUUUUGUAUGCUAAUGGGAAUUCCAUUAGGGUCAGGAAACAUUCUAUCCGCACUUGCAACAUUUGAGAUUUUACAAUUGCCCAUUUAUAAUGUCCCAAACACAAUCUCCAUGAUAGUUCAGACUAAAGUUUCCCUUGAUAGAAUAGUCUCAUACCUCUGUCUCGAUGAUCUUCAUCCAAAUAUAGUACAGAAGGUUCCAAAAGAUGGUGGCGAGGUUGCAGUUGAGAUAGUAAAUGGUAAUUUCUCUUGGGAUCUUCAUUCCCCUAAUCUCACAUUAAAAGAUAUUAAUAUCCGAGUUCAUCAUGGUAUGAGAGUGGCUAUUUGUGGUUCUAUUGGGUCAGGCAAGUCAAGCCUACUUUCAUGCAUAUUGGGAGAAGUGCCAAAGGUAUCUGGAAUCAUUAAGUUAAAUGGAACGAAAGCAUAUGUUGCACAAUCACCUUGGAUACAGAGUGGCAAGAUAAUAGAUAAUAUAUUAUUUGGUAAGGCGAUGGACAAGGAAAGGUACGAGAUGAUCCUCCAAGCAUGUUCACUAAAUAAGGACCUAGAAUUAUGUGCCUUUGGGGACCAAACUAUCAUAGGGGAGAGAGGGAUCAACCUGAGUGGUGGACAGAAGCAAAGAAUUCAAAUUGCACGUGCUUUGUACCAUGAUGCUGAUAUUUAUCUACUUGAUGACCCUUUUAGUGCUGUGGAUGUUCAUACAGGAAAUCAUCUAUUUAAGGAGUGUUUGCUGGGAAUUUUGAGUUCAAAAACAGUAAUUUAUGUUACCCACCAAAUAGAGUUUUUACCCUCUGCUGAUCUUAUCCUGGUUAUGAGGGAUGGAAUGAUUGUUCAGGUAGGAAAAUACAAAGAAAUUCUUAGUUCAGGAACUGACUUGAUGGAAUUAGUGGGUGCACAUAAGAAAGCUUUGUCAGAUCUUAAUUCUGUCAAGCGUAUGGCUGCAAAGGAUAAUUUAAUUAAUGUUGAAAAGGAUGAUAAUAUUUUAUGCAAUGAGAAGUCUAAUCAAGAUGAUGAGAAAAAGGAACCUAAAAACUGUGAAACAAAAAAAUUGGUUCGGUUACAAGAGCAGCUUGUCCAAGAAGAAAAGAGAGAAAAGGAUGGAGUUAGUUUUUCAAUCUAUUGGAAGUAUAUUACUGCAACAUAUAAAGGGGCUUUUGUACCAUUGAUAUUACUGGCACAAAUUCUUGUUAAGCUUCUUCAAAUAGUCAGUAGUUAUUGGAUGGUGUUGGCUACUCCUGUUUCAGAGAAUGUGAGACAUCAUGAUAGAGGAUACACAGUCAUAUUUGUUUAUGUUGCUUUGAUUAUUGGAAGUUCUUUUUGUGUACUUAUAAGGUCCAUGGUCAUUGUAACUGUUGGAUACAAGACUGCCACUUUACUCUUUAACCAAAUGCAUUCGUGCAUUUUUCGGGCUCCCUUGUCAUUUUUCGAUUCUACUCCAAGUGGAAGGAUCCUAAAUCGGGUAUCCAUAGAUCAAAGUGCAGUUGAUUCAUCUAUUCCACAACAAAUUGAAGAACUUAUUAUCUCCAUCAUAGAAUUCUUAGGAACUGCUGCAGUAAUGUCACAAGUUGCAUGGAAAAUGUUAAUUGUUUUUAUUCCAUUAACAGUGACAUGCAUCUGGUACCAGUGGUGA